AUGGCGAACCCUAUUGCUUUGAAAGACGACGAUCAACAUUUGAAUUUGGGUGGAUCACUCAGAAGCAAGCAAGCGAUCUAUGAUAAUACGAGGAUAUUGGAUCAUGUUAUGGAUGUGGUUGUCAAGGAUACCGUUUCCAUGGUUUUGGGAAUCAUCUACCUGCAAGUCAUCUCUUUAUUGGUGCAUUAUAGAAAGAUUUAUGAUAUAGCAAAUACCGGAUUGUAG